CACUCUCGGAAGUUUGGCUACAACCCUGAUCACUUGGAUUCCCAUAUGGCUAAGCCACAAACUGAAGAUGUUUCUGCAAGUUCCCAUCCGAGCCCUGUUCUACGAAACGGAACUUCGGACGAGGCCUCACAGUCUACCUCCUGCUUAGCCGACAAAAUGCGGCAGUUGUGCAAUAUGUUCAAAACCAAUAAGUUCUGUGAAUGGUUGGGAUAUGAGUGGCUUUAUUCGAUUGUUGAUCGUGAAAUAUUCCUUGGCCCCAAUGACUUUCAGCUAAUUCUGCGUGAACAUUUCCCUACCCUUAAAACACGAAACCUACGGCGUAGUCACUGGGGCAUUAUCCGGCGAAUGAUCGGAAGGCCACGUCGCUUCAGCGCAACCUUUCUCGCAGAGGAACGUCAGAGCGUCCACGGAAAACGAAGGAAUUUACAGUAUUUGCAACAGGUUGCGUCGACGGGCUCUUUGGGACCGAUGGCCUCCGAACAUCUUGAUAGCUUGCUCAACUGUCUUCCCUUAACUACACGUAUCCCGCCUCGCUUGCCCACAGGGACCAAAUUAUGCAUUCGACUGUAUUCUCCAGUUCAAGGUCUUUUCCUUGGUGUAGUGCAAGAAUCCUAUCAAACAAAUCGUCACUACGCUGUAUGGGUCACAGAUAUGAUUCAUUCAGCCGAUCCAAACAGUCACACGGCAGCUGAUUUCAGCGGCCUUCGGAUUGUACCAGAUGAAGACGCGUUUCCUCUUCCAAACCAGCCUCUACCGGAAUCACUUUCUUUGUCUUCCUUACGGUAUCACUUCAAAAAUAAUGAAUCAGAAAAGUCCCGUUCUUCGUUCACAUCGAAUUAUCAGCUGAGCGGACAAUACAACCUCAACCCACUAUGUGAUAUAACUAACAUUCGACCGGAAUAUGAGAAUCGUCCAACAUCCACUUCAAUUGGCCCGCUACUCAGUGAGAGUGUUUGCCCCGGUGAUCACCCACUGGGACAGAAUAAUCCUACGGCUGAUGAUAGCAUUAUGAUCUCGAACAUGAAGCACACCUCGAGUGAAACAGCUGGUUGUCCGUUGAGUGUGCCGGUACCGCAUGUGCCCGAUGCGCAACCCAGUACAAGUUUGUUGACCAGUUUGGCAAAAAUCUGCCGCAUUUUGGAACAAAAGCGCACGUCCGUCGUAACUCUUCGAGAAAUGAACAACCUUGCGGAAGUCAAACUUUCAGAGGAUCUAAACAGCCUUACUGUCCAGUUUCAACACAGCUACGCCACACUGAUCCUUCAUCUCAACAAACUGAACCAAGAUUUGAAGUACCACAUGGACAUUGUUCUUAUGCAUGUGGCAACGAUACCUGUUCCGACCACUCCUUAUGUUCUUUCAACCUAUGAUGGUGAGAUUUUUGAGGCCGUUCCUGUGAGCGGAGCCAGUUCUGAGUAUGGAUACGUUACAGUUGUACCUACUCAACUGACAGAGACGGGUACAGCUGGAAUGACGGAUGGUCUUUCAAGCCACCAUGGACCGGAACAGCCAGAUAGGGCUUACGGUUCGAGUGGCAUUCCAAAAAGUUUUUACGAUGGCCAGUUUGACGCAUCUUGCAACGAUCCCUAUGGACAGAUAGCUCAGGAAAGGAAUCUGAUGCAGUUGAAGCACCUCACGGAUUGGCGCCGCCGUUGUGAUGAUGAGGCACAGGAGAUGGUUAGCCGAAUCAGAUUAUAUCAGAGUCGACCAAUUUUGGAUGACUGCAGAGUUGAUUUGGUGGCCAAACUGAGUUCGCUGCUCAUCCAUCUAUGCGUAAGCACCUCCUUGCUAGAUCUCCGCUUGAUGACAUUCUUCUUUGUGCAGAAUUUGUCAGAUCAAAGAAUGAUUGAUCAAAGCCUGACAUGUAUAGAUGAUAUUCUUAGAGAAAUCCGUGCAUGCUUGCACCCGAACAAUCUCAAAUGUUUCGAAGUGACUGUCGAGCACUUGAUUGGGCAAAUCAUCCAUGCAGUAACCAGUCCACAUCCAAUCAAUUUUCCGGCCAGCUAUCCUUCCAAUCAGACUUUACCACAAACCAUGUAUUCUGAAAAUUUAGCUUGUAUGUGA